CCCGUUACAAGUCUGCUUCUUGCAUGAAAACCAAAACAAGGCGGGUCUUUCUGUUGGUUUUGUUUGUUUGUUGCAUUCUGUGUUAACUGCUUUUAUUUAUUUUACAGUUGGAUCAAAAAGUUAUCUUUUUCUUCCUCAGAGGAUUGUCAAAUUACAGUCUGAAGUUCGUCUUUCAGUUAUUUUCUCUUUGAAGAACCAAACAGAGAGUAGUCUGCUGAUGAUGGAGGGAAUCGAGUCAACAACAAGAGAAAGAACAACAGGAAAGGAUGAGAACCAGGGUGUUGACAGCAAGGUGCUUGGUGGUAAUAAACCUCUGCAUCGCUUUGUUCAAAAAGAGCCCAGGAGUCUUGGGAUUGUCAUCCUGAUCUUUGGCUGUGCAGAGAUCCUGAUGGGAUUUCAUUUGGCCAGUGAAGACCUGACGAAUUCUUUUAAAAUCUACAUUCCCUUCUGGCAGGGGAUUCUGUUUCUUGUCUGUGGAAGUCUGUCCAUCUACACUGAGAUUCAUCCAUCAAAGAAGAUGGUGACGGUGUCUUUGGCCAUGUAUGUGGUUUCCCUUCUGGGACUUCUUGUCUCCUGUGGCUUCAGGAUAGUCUCCUUUACCGAAUACGAAGAGCUAAGCUGGGGCUACAGUUACAGGGAUAAGGAUCACUGGGACGUUUACCGAACAAAUCAGAUUUAUGGCAUUGAAGGCUUGUUGUUUACCUCCUCUCUGUGCGUUUUGGUGAUGCUGAUCUUCCUGUGCGUCAUUGCACGUUUAGCUCUGAGAUCCACACGCACCCAAGUUAUUCUCCAGCACAUCGUAACCCCUCAGGGAGAAACAACAUCAAACUGAGAUCAACUUUUUAUUUCCUUUAUGUUAUGUAACACUGCUUUUCUAAUGCAACUAACCUUUAAGUGUCAAUG